ACCGGCGGCCAACACUAUCUUUUCCGGCACCGAACCAUCCAAUUCCGGCUGUCCACCAAAACUUGCUGUCACCGAACUCUUAUCUCUUAUACUGAAGCUCUAGUCAUCAUUGUAGAGAAUAGAGAUGCCUUCAAAGGCAAAGAAGCAAUCAAAGACACCUUCCCGGCCGUCAAGUUCCGAUCCAUCAGCUUCGCCACGAACACCGUUGGUGACUCCUUUGGCGUCAGAAGUUAGUGAAGAAGAACUCAGGCGCUUGCUUGAAGUGGCUUCGAGCCGGUAUCCUUCUCUCAUUGGGAAAUCUGCUUUCAUUGGGCGUGUCAAUGAUGUUGAUUCAGAAUCCAGAGGCUGUAAAAUUUGGCUGUCGGAAGCUUCCAUGGUCGCUGCUUCCCUUACACCCGGUUCCAUUGUAUCGGUCUCACUUGCUGUUUUGGACAAUAAAAUUUCAGACAGCUUCCCUCUUAGCUCAUUUACAGAUGAUUUAGCAGACCAAACCAACACGGAACUGGGAAACUACUUUGCCUUGGCUGCAAUUUUUCCUUCUUGUAAGGUUUUGAAAAAUGGAGUGAGGUUAUCUUCACACCUUUCAUACACAAUGGGUUGUCCUCCUUCUGGCAGAGUAGUGUUUGUUUACCCUGUUCAAAGUCAAUUCAUUACUGGUUCUGUAAAUAGGAGUGAACAACCAGUUAAUUGUGUCUCACUAAGGAGUUGCAAAAAACUGUAUUUAGAGCUGGCUUCUAUCAAGAAUGCAGGCAGAAGUGGUGAUGAGUUAUCUAAAAUGGACUUCUCUAAUAGGAAAACUCAUGAUCAGUUUCAAGAUGCUGUUUUAUUUUCUCCCAAGACACCAUUGUAUCAGAAAAGGCUUAGUACUCCUAGCUCUGGUACAUUAGCCUCCCCAUUGCAUCAAGGAUCUGUGUCAAAUUGCCUAAAAUCAACUUCUCUUGAUUCAUUUGAUGUUAAAGAGAUAUUACAAGAUGAAAGUGCAAAGAGGCUUAUUCAGACCAGUGCUGCUUCAUGGUUGUAUUCUCGUAGGCUACUCUGUGGAAAUAUUGUUUCCAUCCCUAUACUUACACAACUUUGCAUUUUCCAUGUCAAAGGUGCUGAUAUUAGCAAUCAAGAUUCAACAGAUGAAAUGUAUUGUAGUUCAUACCCACCAUCUGUUGAAUCAAUGCACCAUCAAAUUAAUGCUUUGGUUGUCGGCAGGGAGACAGAAGUAUGCUUGCAUUUAUCAUGGAAUUCAGCAACUGAAACUCCCGAGGAUAAUAGAAGUUCAACGAUGAUGCAACUUCGUCAUGAUAAUGUGAAACAACAUAUAGAACAUGAUAUUAUGAAGAUGGGUGGCCUAUCUAGAGAAUAUGAAGUUCUAAAGGAAAUAAUUAUUUCCUCAUUUAUAAAGAAUGCCUUGUCAAGUUUUGGUUUACGAACUACAAAGGGAGUGCUUCUUCAUGGUCCACCUGGCACGGGUAAGACCUCUUUGGCUAGGUUAUGCAUCUACAAUGUUGGUGUCAAUCUUUUCUCUGUGAAUGGACCUGAGAUUAUUAGUCAGUAUUAUGGAGCAAGUGAGCAAGCAUUGCAUGAAGUUUUUGAUUCAGCUACCAGAGCUGCACCUUCUGUGGUGUUUAUUGAUGAGUUGGAUGCCAUUGCCCCUGCACGGAAAGAUGGAGGUGAAGAACUAUCACAAAGAAUGGUUGCUACUUUGUUGAAUUUAAUGGAUGGAAUUAGUAGAACUGACGGUGUACUUGUGAUUGCCACUACCAACAGGCCAGAUAGCAUUGAACCUGCAUUAAGACGGCCUGGAAGACUUGACAGAGAACUUGAGAUUGGCUUUGCCCCGACUAUUCCGGACUCAACCAGCUGUGGCGCACCAGAAUGGUGGGUGGGUCUCCCAACGAAGGCUGCUGCGUACACAAGAGUGCAGAGGCAAUGUCAAGUAUUUACUCAGUUUGGAUUUCAAAGUGAGAAUGGAAAGGAUAUUGAGAUUGAUACUAAGGACAUAAGAAGAGUGUUAGAAGAUGUAGGCAUGCAAAGUAAUGUCCAAGGUGUGCCAUCUCCAAAGCAGCGGUUAGAUAUACUACAUACUCUUCUCAGUGAAAUGGAUCAUUGCCUUUCAGAGAUGCAAGUACAACAACUUUCCAUGACUACACAUGGUUUUGUGGGUGCUGAUCUAGCCUUGCUGUGCAAUGAAGCAGCCCUUGUUUGCCUUAGGCGAUAUGCUGAGAUUGCAGGUUCCUCUGAUGGUUUGCAUUCUUAUGGAACUAGUGUUGCAAAUGAGGAUUGUCUAGACCAUCAGGAUGGAUCUGACACUGGGAAGUAUAUAACUGACAUCUCAAAUGGGAUCCCAGAUUCUGCAUCUUCUAAGGUUAUAGGUCCACCUGCUUCAGCUAUGAUUCUACCAUCAUUCCUCUUGAGAGAAGAAAUUGCAUCAGAAAUUACAGACAGCUUUCAGAAUGUUGUUAGCACUAGUUCUGAAGCUAGGUCUUUCGUGGAAGAACUUUGCCCACUGAAAGUCACAUUUGAAGAUUUUGAGAAGGCCAGAAUGAAAGUUAGACCUAGUGCAAUGCGAGAGGUAAUUCUUGAGGUUCCAAGAGUUAAUUGGGAAGAUGUUGGCGGUCAAAGGGAGAUCAAAAGUCAGUUGAUUGAAGCAGUUCAGUGGCCUCAAAAACACCAGGAUGCAUUCAAAAGAAUUGGUACUCGACCUCCAACAGGGGUGUUGUUGUUUGGUCCUCCUGGUUGUAGCAAAACCUUGAUGGCACGUGCAGUGGCUUCUGAAGCUGGACUGAAUUUCCUUGCUGUGAAGGGUCCAGAACUUUUCAGCAAAUGGGUUGGUGAAUCUGAGAAGGCUGUAAGAUCUCUUUUUGCAAAGGCACGAGCCAAUGCUCCAUCGAUAAUAUUUUUUGAUGAAAUUGACAGUCUUGCCAUAAUUCGUGGAAAGGAAAAUGAUGGGGUUUCGGUUUCUGAUAGAGUUAUGAGUCAACUUCUUGUUGAAUUGGAUGGUUUGCAUCAGAGAGUUGAUGUUACAGUUAUUGCUGCCACUAAUCGACCAGACAAGAUUGACCCAGCUCUUUUAAGACCAGGACGUUUUGAUCGGCUUUUAUAUGUGGGACCCCCGAAUAAAAGUGAUAGAGAAGACAUAUUCCAUAUCCAUUUGCGUAAAAUUCCUUGUAGCUCUGAUGUCAACUUAAAGGAGCUUGCUUGUCUAACGGAAGGCUGUACCGGUGCUGAUAUAUCAUUGAUUUGUCGGGAAGCAGCUAUUGCAGCCCUUGAGGAAAGUCUUGAUGCUAAGGAAAUAACAAUGCAAAACUUAAAGGCAGCUAUUAAACACGUAAGGCCAUCAGAGAUUCAGUUGUAUCAGGAGCUAUCAGCCAAGUUUCAGAGGCUUGUGCAGUCUCAUGCUGGAGAAGAAAAAUUAGAAAAUCAGCACUGCUCCAGUAGAUCAAACUGGUUCACCAUUUGCAAGUCCCUGAUAAAAUCCGUCUCAGAGUUCUUUUAUGGAUUCCAAACAACUGAUGCACACUCAAAGCCUGGUGUUAAAGGGUAACCCAAAAUUCAUGUUUGUGUUCUUGGCACAUUGCUUUCACAAAUGAGUCUGCUUUGGACAUUUAGCUGUAUACUCAAUCCCUAACUUAUUGAAUAUGAAAAAGUAACUACAGAAGUUGUCGGGCACUGAGAUUUUAGAAUUAUGUUUUUCCUAGAUGGAUUAGUGGGCAGAGCACCAUUCGCAACUUUGAUAUAUACAUAGGAAUUGUUGUAUAAUGCAGCCACAAUUUUUGACUGGAAAGAGUUUCAUAAACGUGACAGUUUUUU